AUGGCUUCAUCUUUAAUUCUGCUGGCUGCUGCUGCUGCCGUGGUGGCGGAUGCUUGCUGUGGCUGCUGCUGCAAUGUUGCUGGGGGAGGUCUCCAAUCAGCUUCUCCUAAAGCUUGGAGUUCACCCGUCACAUCUCACGUUGUCAGAUUUCUACUAAUGGGGGAGACUUUCUUGCUAGAAAAUCGAUUGACACUCAGAGCCAUAUCUGAAUUUGGUGUCCUUUUGAUCUACUUUUACUUAUGUGACCGUACAAUUAUCUUCGGUGAAUCAAAAAAGAGUUACAAUCGGGAUCGUUUCUUAUUUCUCUACUUCCUUCUCAUCAUAGUUUUAGCAAUUACUUCUUUCAAGAUUCAUCAUGAUAAGUCACCAAUCUCAGGAAAAUCCAUACUGUAUCUGAACAGGCAUCAAACUGAAGAGUGGAAAGGUUGGAUGCAGGUUAGUCAGUUUUUAAGAUGA